AUGGCCACCAAAUCCUUUUCCAGCAACAGCAAUUCUUAUUCCUUCUCUAAGAUGAACAUCGACGAGAACGAAUGGGUCGAAAGCAUGCGUCAAUCCAUUGUAGCACAAGAUCAGGAAGAGGAUGAAAACGUCCCUGUCUGUAUCUUCACGGUCCCUCAAGUACUUCUAGCGACUGAUCCCGAAUCCUACAUCCCACAACAAAUCGCGUUAGGCCCGUUCCACCAUUGGCGCCCCGAGGUCUAUGACAUGCAAAGGUACAAGCUGGCUGCAGCCAGAAGAACACAAAAGCUUAUGAACGUCAGCUUUGAACGCAUCGUGGAGGUUAUGAAGAAAAAAGAAGAGGCCCGAAUCCGUUCUUGCUAUCAUAAGUAUCUUGAAAUGUCCGGAGAUGCGUUAGUCUGGAUGAUGGCGGUUGACAUGUCGUUUUUACUCGAAUUUCUUCAAGUGUAUUCAACUAAAGAAGAAGGCCGGGUGUUGAAGAAAGUUACUUCCUCCAUGUCUCAUUUGGUUGAUGGUUCGGGGAAGAAACUAUCACACAUGGCUAUUCUUCGUGACGUGGUGAUGAUGGAGAAUCAGAUUCCGAUGUUUCUGAUGAAGACGAUGAUGGAACAUCAGCACAAGAAGGUUGUCAAUUAUCAAGAAAAGUCUACGGCUGAAGAGACAUUGAAGAAGAUGUUGAUGGGGCUGUACCAUGAGCUAACCCCCUUUCAAGAAAAAGAAUUACCAAAUGUUGACGUUGAUGACUGUGAUCACCUACUCGAUUUUCUCUACCACAUGACCGUCCCAAACAACAAAGAACGCGGCAUCAUGGAGGCUGAGAUCAUUGAGAUAGAAGAUGAAACUACCGGCGAAGUCAAGGAUGGGGAUGAAGGAGGGAUUUAUGCAAAAGAUAGUGAAGUUCGGUCCUUCUUGGGGUAUAUAUGGAGCCUUCUCUCCAAAUCAAACACCAGGCUGGUGAAAAUAUUCAAGAAAUUUUUUGCAAAACCAAUGGCUUUGUUAAUUAAAUUGCCAUGGAAGAUCUUAUCCAAUCUUCCCCUGCUAAAACUCAUGAAAGGGCCCAUAGAGAGCAUUCUCGAGAAAUUCAGCGGUGAAGGAGAUGAGAAAUCUGAAGACGACCGUGGUGAACCGAAGGCGCCAACUAUAGAGGAAAUAACCAUCCCAUCUGUCACUGACAUGGCCCAAGCCGGGAUCCUUAUUGCACCGGUGAAUGGUGGAAUAUCAGACAUUAGCUUUGAUAACAUAACAUCUACACUUUACCUCCCUGUAGUUGAUCUGGAUGUAAACACUGAGGUGUAUUUGAGAAACUUGGUAGCAUACGAGGCGUGUGUUGCAGCUGGGCCGUUAGUGGUUGCUCGUUACACCGAGUUAAUGAAUGGAAUAAUCGACACAGAAGAAGACGCAAAGUAUUUGAGAGAAAGAGGGAUAGUGUUGAACCAUUUGAAGAGUGAUCAGGAGGUUGCGGAUUUGUGGAAUGGGAUGAGUAAAUCCGUGAAAUUGACAAAAGUGCCAAAGAUGGAUAAAGUGAUUGAGGAUGUGAACAAGAGGUAUGCUCAAACAUGGAGGGUGAAAAUUGCAAAUUUCAUGAACACAUAUGUGUUCGGAUCUUGGAAGUUUCUAACCGUUUUGGUUGCCUUGUUCAUGUUGUUGUUGACUGGACUACAAGCCUUCUGCUCCGUAUACAGUUGUGCUCGUGCGUUUCAUCAGAUCCCGGAUUUCCAAGGAGGAACCGAUCAGGGGAAUUAG